AUGCAAGAGGUAGAAAAUGCUCAGGAAAAGCCGCCAAGGCAACACAAUCAAAAUCCAAUGCAGCUUCAACAAAAUGAAGAAUUAUCAAGAGUGUUGCGUAAUCAACGAGCACUCAUAAAUGUCAUUGACAGAUCCAGUCAAAAAAUUGAAAUGGCAAGCCAAGAAUCUCAAAAUGAAGUUUUUUAUUCUUGCAAGCUUGCUUUCAUAGAAGGUUAUCACAAAGCAUUCGAUAACAACAAUGAAAAAAUAUGGAAUUCUACAUCAGAAGAAUUCAUUGAAAGGUACUCCUGGGAAUUGUAUUAUGAAAUUAGUCAAAAACUCCAAGACAUGGAGAUUUGUUUGAAACUCAAGCUAAAAUCAUCCAAUUCUCACUACCAGCACAAUUCAACAAUUCAGGCAGUUAAAUUACCACAGUUAACGAUUCCAACAUUUGACGGAAACCAGCUGAAGUGGGUAGAGUUUCGAGACCUGUUUACACAACUUAUAGACGAACAACCAUUCAAACCUCUCCAAAAGAUGUUCUACUUAACAACUAACUUGAUUGGUGAUCCCAAAAAGCUGAUAAAGCAUUUGCCAGCAUCAGCUGAGAACUACAUUACCGCAUGGGAGAUUCUGAAGGCUAGAUACAAUAAUGGUAGAUUAUUAGUUACCGCAUUGUUAAACAAAUUAUUCGCAUUACCAGCAAUGACAACUGAAACCGCUUCUGGCCUUAAAACAUUGCAUGAUAUUUCACAAGAGUGUUUAUUGGGACUUAAGGCGCAGCACAUUCCAGUCGAACAUUGGGACGUCAUAAUUGUUCAUAUGACGUUGAAGAAAUAA